AACAUAGAAAAUAUCAACCCUCCGAUAGAUGCCCUACGUUUCCUCACUUUAUGAUAAAGAGGAAUCCGAUGCGUCUAAGUACAAAAGCGCGGCGAAGUAAUUUUCGUUUAUUUAUUUAUUUAGCUCUCAUCUUCUCUUCCAGCCAUCACUCUUUGAUCGCUUGAAUCUCUCACUUCUGCUGCUGUUUCGUUCCCUCUCUCAAAUCGUAUUUUUGCUCAUCGGACGGUGAAUCUUUGAAAAGAAGCGAUGUCUGCAACCCAGGACGAAGAUAAGAAGCCCGGAGACGGAGGAGCUCACAUCAAUCUGAAGGUCAAGGGACAGGAUGGCAAUGAGGUGUUCUUUAGGAUCAAGAGAAGCACACAGCUGAAGAAGCUGAUGAAUGCUUACUGUGACCGUCAAUCUGUGGAUAUGAACUCCAUUGCGUUCUUGUUUGAUGGGCGUCGUCUGCGUGCUGAGCAAACUCCCGAUGAGCUUGAAAUGGAGGAUGGUGAUGAGAUCGACGCCAUGCUCCAUCAGACCGGUGGCGGUGGCUGCGGCGGUGCUAUGGCCUGACACUUUUCCGGGAUUAGGAAUCAUGAAUUAUGAUAAGAUUGUGUGAUAUGAAUGGUUAUUAGGAUUUGCAGGCUUGUUUUUAUCGUCACCAUUGUCUUUAGAAACUAUUAAGUAUGGUCGAUGAUGGUUGUUAAGGAAUUGAUCUUUUGGUCGUGUUCGUUUGAUAUUGGAUCUUAUGAUGAUACUAUUUGGGCUUAAAAGGCGUUAUUAACCCGA